GUCAUGACUGCCUUUAAGGGCAUCUGGACUCAGGAGUUCUGGCGCUGUGUGGGGGGCGAGUUCUUUGCCAUGGUCUUCUUCGUCCUCCUCAGCCUUGGUUCCACCAUCAACUGGGGGGCUGCUGAGGAAGAACCCCGUCCCCCUGACCUGGUACUCAUCUCGCUCUGCUUUGGCCUGAGUAUUUCCACGAUGGUGCAGUGCUUUGGCCACAUCAGUGGUGCUCAUAUCAACCCGGCAGUCACAGCAGCCAUGGUGGUUACCAGGAAGCUCAGUCUGGCCAAAGCUGUCUUUUACCUGCUGGCCCAGUGUGUGGGAGCGAUAGUGGGGGCCGCUAUUCUCUACGGGAUCACCCCCGCCCUUGUAAGGGGGGGCAUGGGUGUCACCAAGGUGAACAGAAGCAUCUCAGUGGGAAAUGCUCUGGUUGUAGAACUCUUCAUCACCUUCCAGCUGGUCUUCACUGUGUUCGCUACCUGUGACCACAAACGUAAUGACCUAAAGGGUUCAUCUGGUCUGGCUAUCGGCCUGUCUGUGUGUAUUGGCCACCUGUUUGCUAUUCCCUACACCGGAGCCAGUAUGAACCCGGCCAGAUCCUUUGGCCCAGCCAUGAUCAUGUGGUACUGGGAAAAUCACUGGGUGUACUGGGUAGGUCCGACACUGGGUGGGGCUCUUGCCGCUGCCCUAUAUGAAUACCUGUUCUGCCCAAACCCAAAUCUGAAGCAACGCUACUCAGAGGUCUUCAUCAAGACACCUUUCAAUGCAACUAAACAGCGGCAGGGUUCGGUCACCGCUCAGGAACCUCUUUUCACCGUCAUGGACGUGGAGCGAGCUGAGAGGCAGGAAAGAGAAAGGGAGAGGGAGGUAUCAGGGGAUGUGUUGUCCUCUGUGUGA